UUUUAAAACAGUUUAAUCUUUUUGAAAUUAAUUUGUAUUAAUUUGUUUUGUGAAAAAAUUAUUCAUUCAUUCAUUUGGAUUAAAUGAUUGGGAAAAACCAGCUGAAAAAAUAAAUAUACAUAAUGUACAAGAUCAAAUAGAAUAAAUAAAUCAAGGUAUCAAAUGUCGAACAAAUUUUGGAAAAUUCAAACAAUUAAAAACCUGUUACUAUAUAAUUUACUCAGAGUAAUGAAACCACUCGUAGUAGUCUAGUUACCACAUUAAAAAAAUUCCAAAUCUAUCAAAAUUGUAUCGUCAAUGUCAGUCCAAAAAAAAUCUCGAUUAAAUUCUUCCAAGGAUUCCUCCUUAAAUGAGCUCAACCUCCAGACGAUCAAUUGGCUGGAUCCUGAUGAUGGGUUGGAUAAUGAACCAGAAAUUGCCAGGGCAGCUUGGGGAUCCAAAUUGCAAUAUUUAUUGACAAUAGUUGGUUACGCUGUGGGUUUAGGAAAUAUUUGGAGGUUUCCUUAUCUAUGCCAACAAAACGGUGGAGGGGCAUUCCUGAUACCUUAUUUUUUGAUGUUGUUUCUCGAGGGUAUUCCACUAUUUUACCUCGAACUAGGUAUAGGACAAAGAAUUAGAAAAGGAAGUAUAGGGGUAUGGAAUGAAAUCAGCCCUAUCUUAGGAGGCCUCGGAAUCACAGCCUGUAUAGUUUCAUUCAUUAUAGGACUUUACUAUAAUGUGAUAAUAGCGUGGUGCUUGUAUUAUAUAUUCAUGUCUUUUCGCAGGACAUUACCUUGGGCAUAUUGUCCUACAUAUAUAAGCUAUAUUCCUGAUCCGAAUAUAAGUGUGCAACAUGUUGAUCCUGUUACCCCUUUAACACUAUCAUUUCUCACUUCCAACUUGAAUAAAUUAGAAGAUAAACUAUUUUUAUACAAUCCAGCUGAUAUGAUAAAUAGGAAUAACUAUUCUCUAUCAACAUUCGCACCGGGUGAUAGCACUAUACUAAACACAACUUUGUACUCUAUGAUUUUAAUGAGCAUUAAACAUUUGGAGUACAAUCAAUCCAACGUUAAUUUAACAGAUCACAAAAAUUUAUUACCAAAUUUAAAUGGUUUAAAUAUAGGGAACUCAUCUUACUUAAUUAAUACGAACAAUUGGGAUCUAAAAAUUGCCACAUCACCUUUAGUCACGGACUAUUUAAAUAGCAUCAUUGACGAUAAAUCUAGCUCAAAUCUAUCUUUUUCGAAUUUAACUAGGGUAAACAGGGACACAAUUCUAAAUUUGAAUGAUAUCAAAUUAUCACAAUUGCUUGAUUCUAAACAAAAUACGUUAAUUUUAGUUAAUCCUAAGUCAAAUAUAAACGUAUCUUCUUAUCCCAUGAUACCGGUCAAAAAGCCUGUGCCAGAAUGUCAAAAGAGUUCUUCGACUCAAUAUUUUUGGUAUCGAAAUACGCUUGAUGUGUCGUCGGGGAUAGAUACGGUGACUAGCUUUAAUUGGAGAAUUAUGUUAUGCUUGGCCUUAUCGUGGUUCACAGUCUUCAUUUGCAUUAUGAAGGGAAUUAAAUCGAGUGGAAAGGCAGCCUAUUUUACCGCUACUUUUCCAUAUGCCGUACUCAUCAUCAUUUUUGGGAGAUCUAUAACCCUAAAAGGUGCUGGUUUGGGACUAAGGCACAUGUUUUACCCCAGGACUGAUAAAUUAUUGGAUCCACAAGUCUGGUUGGACGCCGCUACUCAGAUCUUUUAUUCCCUGGGUUUAGGAUUUGGUUCAAUAAUCGCAUUUUCUAGUUAUAAUCCACCUAGAAAUAAUUGUAAAAAAGAUGCUAUUCUUGUGUCAUGUAUUAAUUGCUCAACCUCAAUUUUCGCAUGUAUCGUCAUAUUUUCGGUUUUAGGCUUCAAAGCUUUGAACAAUUACGAAACAUGCAUCAAAUUAAAUCAUGAAGCUAUAUAUGGAUACUACAAAGGAAGCAUCAAUAUAUCUUUUAUCGAGUCUGAAUACAAUACUUUUGUUAAGAAAUUCUCAGGAAAUAACUCCGUCCUUGAUCUAGAAAGGUGUAAUUUACAAGAUAAUUUAAAUCAGGCAGCCGAGGGGACCGGCUUAGCAUUUAUAGUAUUCACACAAGCAAUCUUAGAAUUCCCCGGAUCUCCAUUUUGGUCAAUCAUAUUCUUUUCUAUGCUUAUAACAUUAGGCUUGGGCACGAUGUUUGGAAUCAUGGAGGGCCUUAUAACAUCGAUACAUGACUUGCAUUUAUUUCCUUGGUUGCGAAAAGAAUAUCUUUCGGCCAUACUAUGUACAAUCUCAUUCUUGACCGGUUUAAUUUUCGUCCUAUCUUCCGGAGAGUAUUGGGUGAAACUUUUCGAUACAUUUGCCGGAACUCUAACCCUAGUUAUAGUGGCGUUUUUUGAAAUAAUUGCCGUUAUUUACAUCUAUGGCCACAAAAAAUUUAGUCGCGAUCUAGAAUUUAUGACAGGCACUUAUCCUGGUUGGUAUUGGCAAAUUACUUGGCGAUAUGUGAGUCCAAUUCUUAUGGCCGGUAUAUUACUCGCUAGCACAAUUAAAUGGAUUUUAGAACGGCCUCAAUAUAAUAGUUAUGAUUCUGCCAAGGCACUUUUAGUUAAAACACCAUAUCCCACGUGGGUUCUAGGAGUCGUCGCGUUAUUAAUAUUAAUAGGAACAUUCCCAAUACCAUUCGUUGCAUUCCUUCGCUACUUUCGAAUAAUGAAGUUCGAAACCGAUAUCCCCACUAACGUUAAGCGAUUUCAUACCAGUGAAUCCACCGCCAAAAUUCUUUCAUCUACAUCUACAUUAAACAAAUUAGACGAAAUCGAGCCCAUUAAACCCUAUUUAGAAACUAUAAAAGAAAUACCAUGAUAUACAUUAAAAAAAUAAAUAACAUAAAGUAAAAUAAGCAUGAUGAACCCCGUUACAUUUAUAUAAUCUAAUUUCAAUCACCAAGAAGAUCCCUUUGUUUAAUAAUACCAUGUUUAGAAAAAUUAUGGAAUUUAAUCUUCAUUGCUCAUGAAAUUGUUAAUAGAUAUAUUGAAAUUUUGUUUUAUAAAAACUAUAUAAUGUAUAA